AUGAAAAUCAUCCUCGCCGGAACAACCGGGCUCGUAGGCCAAGAGGUCCUCACCCAGUGCCUGGCCCACCCCUCAAUCACCUCCAUCCUCGUCCUGUCGCGUCGCGAACUGCUCAAUACCAUCACCCACCCCAAACUCCAGGACUUUCUCUCUUACUCCGACCCGCAUCUCGCCGCCUCCCUCCGCGGCGCCACCGCAUGCAUCUGGACGCUAGGCGUGCCACCCUCGCGCGCGUCAGCUGACGAAGAGGCCUCCCGGCGAGUCACGCUGGAGUAUACCAUCCAGGCAGCCGUAGCGUUCAGCGAGGCCUUUACUGCUUCAAGAUUCCGCUUCGUGUACUUCAGCGGCGGGAUGGCGGAGCGCGAUCAGACGAAGUCUUUGUGGGUGAUGGCGGGGUAUCGUCGGUUGAGGGGCCAAGCCGAGAAUAUCUUUCUGGCGUUUCGAGCCGAGCACCCCGCCACGUUCGAGUCAUAUAUCAUGCGUCCGGGCAUGGUGCUCAGUUGCCAGGGGACACUGGCCGAUCGGGUCCGGAGUCUGGCACCCUCCGUACGGGUGGACGUGUUGGCGCGGGCGGCGGUCAAUCUUGCUGUUCGGGGUCAUUCGGAGAAGAUCUGGGAGAAUGCCCGGAUUACGGAGUGGGAGGGUGUUGGUGGGCGAGAGAGUUGAUCUUGUUUAGUGGUCGUGUCGAUGGCAAUUGUAGACUGAAAGUCCCCUUUUCCAGUUCCGGGUGCCAGGCAACCACAACUCUUACACUUAAGUCUAUACCCAAGAUAUAGCUAGAGACAGGUAUGUCUUCGCAUAGUCAGGUCUUCAAGUCUCGAAGAGUCUGAUACUUUUGUUAGACUUAUUUCGCCUUUAAAACCAAAGGGAUGAAGUUCUAAG